CCGAAAUCUCUGCCUUGAGCCCAACUUCCUUAGUAGGCCGUGUGCACCGUUUGUGGCGAUUAAUCGAUAUGGAAAAGGGUGUCCGAGGCCCAGGAACCAAUUUGCUAGGCGUUCAACUUAACUCGGAACGUUGUGUAGCCAAAUGAAUAAAGUAUGCAUUUUGAACGCGGAGAUGUGUCGAGCAUUAGAUGGAGGUCCUGGUCAACCUUCAGUCAUUUCCUCGUCCACUGAUUGCUUGUCUGUCCUCAUACGCACCCUGCAACCAUCCCAACCAUCCAGCAUCCAUAUCCCUUUCGUUGGAUUGCAGAAACACUGAAGGCCUGAUAUAUUUCUACGAAGAUGCCGGUGGAUUAUGACAUCAAAGGCAAAGUCAUCGUCCUCACAGGUGCCGCCUCCGGAAUCGGUUUCCAGACUUCUCUUCUCCUCGCCCGCCAAGGGGCCUACCUCUCCAUCGCAGACAUCAACGAAGCCGCUUUGAAAGAGAAGACUACCGAGAUCGAGAAAGUCAGCACAGGAAAGGUUCUCGCUACCCUAGUCGAUGUUCGAGAUGACAAGUCCGUCAAUGCCUGGAUAGCGAAGACCGUGGAGACCUUUGGGAAGCUCGAUGGUGCGGUGAACUUAGCGGGUGUGAUUCCGAAGGUGAUUAAUAAAGAGAGAGUGGAGGAACUGAAUAAUGAAGACUGGCAUUUCGUGUUAGAUGUUAACCUGCAUGGUGUUAUGCACUGCAUGCGCGCCCAGCUGCAGAAUAUGAACAACAAGGGAAGCUUGGUAAAUGCAGCCUCGAUAUGCGGCGUCAUCGGAUUCCCAAAGAAUGCGGCAUAUACCGCGUCCAAACACGCUGUGAUAGGUCUCUCGAGGACGGCAGCGAAGGAGGUCGGGGAUCGAGAAAUUAGAGUGAACUGCAUAGCGCCUGGUCUGAUCGACGGGCCGAUGCAGCAAAAAUCUGUGGAGGCGCGAGGUGGAGAACAGGUAUGGAAACAGCAGAUCUUGAGAAGAGGGACACCACAAGAAGUAGGAGCUCUGAUUGCUUGGCUAUUAUGCGACGACACGCAGUACAUUACCGGCACAGUACAGAUCAUUGACGGUGGGUGGGUUUGCUAGAGGAUACCUG